UCCCGCCGCUGCAGCAGCCUCGCCUCUCUGCGGCUCCCGCACCAAAACACGGACCAGAACCCGCUCCAGAACCAGCUCCAGAACCAGACCAGAAGCCGCAGAACCGAACCGGGACCGGUCCGGAUCCAACCAUGACCGAGACCAAGACCCACGUGAUCCUGCUGUCCUGCGGCAGCUUCAACCCCAUCACCAAGGGACACGUCCAUAUGUUCGAAAAAGCCCGAGAGUUUCUGCACAAAACGGGCCGUUUCAUCGUGAUCGGCGGGAUCGUGUCUCCGGUCCACGACUCCUACGGAAAACCCGGCCUGGUGUCCAGCCGGCAUCGUCUCACCAUGUGUCAGCUGGCCGUGCAGAACUCCGACUGGAUCAGGGUGGACCCCUGGGAGUGUUACCAGGACACCUGGCAGACCACCUGCAGGGUGCUGGAGCACCACCGAGACCUCAUGAAGAGAGUCACCGGCUGCAUCCUGUCCAACGUCAGCACUCCGUCCAGCCCGCCUGUGAUUGGUCAGCCCCAGAACCAGAACCAGACCCAGAACCAGAGCCAGAACCAGACCCCGGCCAUCUACCAGAACCACCAGAACCUGAACCACAAGCCCUCGGCAGUGAAGCUGUGGGGGAAGAUCAGUGAGAACCUGGGCAGGAUCUGCUGCGUCCGUCCUCACAUGGACCGAUUCACCUUCGUGGAUGAAAACGCCAACCUGGGCACCACGAUGAGGUACGAGGAGAUCGAGUUGCGUAUCCUCCUCCUGUGUGGCAGUGAUCUCCUGGAAUCCUUCUGCAUCCCUGGCCUCUGGAAGGACAGUGAUAUGGAGGUGAUCGUGGGAGACUUCGGCAUCGUGGUGGUUCCUCGUGACGGAGUCGACACCGAGAAGAUCAUGAAUCACUCCUCCGUUCUCCGCAAGAACAAGGAGAACAUCAUGGUGGUGAAGGACGUGAACAACCAUCCCAUGUCCAUCGUCAGCUCCACCAAGAGCCGACUGGCCCUGCAGCACGGCGACGGCCACGUGGUGGACUACCUGAGUCAGCCGGUCAUCGACUACAUCCUGCAGAGUCAGCUGUACAUCAACGCCUCCGGAUAGAGAACCUGCAUGAAAAAAAACAACAAAAAAACCCAGGAAGAGCUGAGGUUGGGGAGGGGGGGGGGCACCUACCACCAUCUAUAUAAAAAUAACCCCCCCCUUUCUGGAGACAUUAAACUUCCUGUCUGUCCUCUGUGUCUAACAUAUACUCUUCUUCGAGCCGUCGCUUUCCAACCGAAGCAUUAGUUUCCCUCCUGUCUGUGUCAUGUGACUUUACCUGGGGG